UAAUGACACCUUGAUCAAACUCAAGAUGCUGAACUAGUACAACACCUUGAUCAAACUCAUUGGUUGCGCGAGCGUCACUACCCAAAGCUAAAAAAGCUUGCUUGUUGUCGGUAGAUAUAUUGGCAUCGGUAGGUAUGGAUUCGAUGUUACCCGUAGCGAAACAUAUAACACAACAGAAACCACGCGCAGUCAUUCACCAAGGUACAGUUUUGACAAUAGGUACAGUUUAGUUUUAAGUCUGACAAAAACAAUAAAGCCACUUUAGCCUGACUUUGAGUCGAAAGAAGCCGUUAUAGUGUUGUUUUGACGUGCGAGAGUGAGAGAACGCGUUGUACGAUGUCGAAUAGAAUGUCGCGGCAUCCACAUGAUGCCAAAAUUUAUGUUGGUGAACUGGGCGAGGACGGCAAUAAGCAGGAAAUAGAGGACGCUUUUGCUGUUUACGGAUCGUUGAGAAGUGUUUGGGUUGCCCGCAAUCCACCUGGUUUCGCGUUUGUCGAAUUCGAAGAUGCCCGAGAUGCGGAAGAAGCGGUUCGUUGCCUUGAUGGAAGGAAAAUUUGCGGCCGCCGAGCUCGGGUAGAAUUAUCCACACGGAAAGGAGGAUCAGGAGGAUUUCGUGGUGGCGAAAGAGGACGCGGUGGUGGACGGGGCGGUUUCCGUUCCGAUGGUCGAGAUCGAGUGCGCAGGAGAUCCAGAUCGAGAAGUCCACGUUCGCGUUCUCGUGAAUAUCGUCCUCGGUCCGGAAGCAACAGCCGGGAUGAGCGUGGUGGCCGUUAUGGCGACCGUGAUCGUCGUCGUCGCUCUCGAUCCAGGAGCCCCAAGAGAACAACCCGUUCGAUAACGCGAGAGUAUAGCAACUCGCCGCGCCGAUCGCGAUCAUGAGCAGGUUCAACGGUACGUUUAUAGAAAACUUUUUUUUGUUUUGAAUUGAGACUAUGUUUAGAUUCCGGAGUCCAUACUGUGAAGCAUUAGAAACAAUAAAUAUCAAUCGAAUACAUAGGUCGUGUAUAUUUUUAAGUCUCAGGUAAACUAAAUGAAAUAGAAUAAAGAUCAAGAAUAAAACAA